CGCUCAGCCCGCGCUUGGGUAAAGCGGUGCCAGACUGCCUUCCUUCUCUAUGGUGGCAUCCUGCACCCAGAGAGUGGAGAAGCCUUUGGGUUGGGGCAAAGGAAAACCCCGCGGGCGCUCUGCACGUGCCCCGAAGGCCCCUUGACUCUGUUACCAGGGUGUCUCUGGGUGCCAGAAGGGGCAGGAGCCCCAGCGUUGGCCACGCCGCUUUUGGGCCACGUCAGCGUUGGGCUGGCGGUGAAUGCAAGGAGGCGUUGGAGGCAGGAAGCCCCUCGGAUGGAGGAGCAGGAGAAGGGGCCCGAUCCCCAGGAGGAAGAGGAGGAGGAGGAGGAGGAAGGGGAGGCCGGGAGGCUGGCGCUCCGUUUCCAGCGGGGCUUCCUCUCCGCCCAGCGCCUUCCUUGCUUCCCUUGGGCAGAUCUGGAAAAGAAGCUCAAGACUUCAAAGGAUUCCUCGUUGCUGCUGACUAUAUUGCAGGAGACCGUUCUUCACCCUCUCUGCUUGAAGUACCCCCCGUCGGUCAAGUACAGAAGAUGUUUUUUAUCAGAGCUCAUUAAAAAGCAUGAAGCUACAGGGGCUGAACCGCUGGAUCAGAUCUACGAAUCCCUUGCCGAUGUCUUAAAUGCUGAAGAAAGUGCCAAUUUCUAUAAAAGCUACUUACUGCCCUCAGAAGAAGCCAUUACAUUGGGUGAGAGCAUGGCCAUUAUUUCUCAGGGAACGACCGGCCUCGUGACGUGGGAUGCUGGCCUUUACCUGGCGGAAUGGGCGCUGGAGAAUCCUGCCCUUUUCACUAACAGGAGUAUUUUGGAGCUAGGAAGUGGGAUAGGACUGACCGGACUUGCCAUUUGCAAAGCUUGCCACCCGAGCAAGUACACGUUCAGCGAUCACCACCCCUGUGUUCUUCAGAAGCUUUUGGAAAAUAUCCGUUUGAACGGUUUUGCCCCAGAGUCUGACAUUUGUAGCUGCAGUCCGGCAAAAUUGGAUACUCAAAAGGCAGAGCUGGCAGGAUUCGAGGGACCCCAAAUAUCUGUAACAGAACUUGACUGGAGCCUGGUUACGAAAGAAGAGCUUGCGGGGCUGUCAUCCGAUGUCGUCAUUGCCGCCGAUGUGGUCUAUGAUCCAGAGCUCAUGCACUCCCUUAUUAGAGUUCUGCAGAAACUUCCCAGUGGCCUCGAUGGCAAAAAGGCCCCAGAAGUCUACAUCGCUUUUACAGUCCGAAAUCCAGAUACUUACCACUGCUUCCAAACCGAACUCGAUAAAGUUGGGAUCAAAUGGCAAGCUGUUCCUUGCCUACAGAAGAACAUGUUCCCUUAUGACCCUCAUGCCAAGAUAACUCUCUUAAGGCUAUUUAUUUAAAAUUCGUGUUUCACUCAGAAUAAUCUUGGCAAGAUAAGCAAGUGCUGUGAUUCAUAUCCCUUAUCAUUACAAUAUAUAUUCCAUCAGCACUGUCUACAUCUGUUGAAACAAAAGGGAACAACUUUACAACUUUGUUAACUCAUGCUGCCUCCUCCAUUGCAAAACAGCCUGAAAGGAAAGAAUGGCAGGGCUAUCAAACGCUACAUCAGCCUUGUUAUGGCUGCUUUCCGAGGGACGUUGAAUCCAUGGAUGGAGAAUACGUGGAUACAGAGGGCCAACUAUAACUUCUACAUAGUUGUCGGUGUUCUUUAGUUUUUGCCCAGUUUUGGUCCCCAGAUGUUAUUGAAUGACAACUUCCAUCACUUUUGGCUAUCUGCAAUGCAGACAGGCCAUCACAGCCUGCAGGAGGAGAUCACCAUAGUAGGAAGGACAACAGUUGGUGGUUGGACAGUGUAAAGAGCCAGUCUGUUGUAGAGACGCCCAUUGGGAGGGCACAGUCCUAGAGGAAACAAUGACGUGUGUAUGCAGAUGUGUCCCUGAUUAACUUAAGUGUCCAGUUCGGUGUGAAACAAAGGGUGCAAGACCCGAAAGACAAAGGUGAAGAUUCCAAACAAUCAAGAGCUUGGUCAUCUGUAUAGAGAGUUAAUAAAUUCAUAUUUGCGAAGCCCCCUCUUCCUCUUCUGAAGGAGCGGCAGACUCUCAGCCUCCAGUUGAAUGAACAAACAUCCAGAGCUUAUCCUGGUGACAAAGAGGAUGAUCUGUCUGCAUACACACACAAAGGUUUUGAUAUGUAUCUGGUUUGGAAAAUAGCUAGAGGGAUCCCGGACUAUGAUCUCCUUUCCCAAGGGAUUAUUCCAACCGAGGGCAUGGGAAAGUAGUUGUUUUCUAGAUACAUUUUGAUACAUUCAUUUGAUACAGUUUAUAGAUGUUAUACUUUUAAGAAUUGACACAGUACAUAAAAUAUACAAGUUACACAAAAAUCAUCAUCGAUACAUUGUAUUAAAGGGUCAGAUAUAAUAGAGUUUUUAGGGCACAGCUGUUAGAUCCACUUCGGAACCUCUAGUCAUCUGAACACUUCACAACAUUGGAGCCAUGGAAAAUGUUUUUAAAAUAUAAGGAAAAAAAUCAUA